AUGUCGGAUUCCGAGGGUAGCGCGGAGAGCGGCCAGGGCUCGGAAAAGUCGGAAACGCGGGAGGAAAUCGUGGUGCCGGUGCCGAAUCGGCAGAAUCCGACCGGCGACAAGCUCGAGGAAUUCGAGAAGCUGCUCCAAUCGAUGAUGGCGUCCCGUCCGCCCUCGCAGGACGACGAGGAGGCCGAGGAGGACGACACCGACAGGAAAAUAGAAAUGGCUGCCUCGGAUGGACCGACGGAUUUUCGGCUGGAGUACAUCGGAGGGUUCGUGCAAAAGUCGUUGAAACUGAAGCCGGAGAAAUGGGGCAGGCUGCUGCUCACCGAGGAAUACCGUAACGCCGUGCUGGAUUUCCUCGACAAUCCGUUCCCCGCGGCGCUUUUCGUCGUCCUGACGCCGAACGCGCAAUUAGUCGCGUCCACGUCGUUUCCCAUACCUUGCCAGAGGACCAAAGGCAUUUACGCUGUGAAAGUGAAGCAGACACCGCUGGCGAAGGAGAAGGAGGCCUGUACGGCGAUGCUGAUCCUAGGCGAUCUAUCCUCACGCGUGGUGGAUCAAUUGGCCACUCUGGUGGAUAACGUGUUUGCUCCUCUCCUCAGCAAAGCGGAGAACCACAAGGAUCUGCCCGAUGUCGCGGUCCAGGACCUCUGCAAGCACGUUCACUCUCUGCGCGGUAUCCUGUACCAAGUGAAAGGUCAGGUGAACGGGAGAACGGUUCUCCCGAUGCCAGCGGGUAUGGAGAAGGUGACGGAAAUGGAGAAGCUGGUCCGAGCGGAAGGACCGCAAGCCGCCGAUCUGUAUUUGAAAAGCGCCAUCGAGGGUGUGGUGAUCAAGUGGGCGUACUUGGUGAACGACGUUGUCACUCAGGAAUCGAGCGCAGCUUUCGACAACGGCCAGAAUCCCACGCCCGACGUCGAGCUGGACUACUGGUCCGCCAGAUUAGCGAAUUUAAGAUACAUUUACGAUCAGCUGCAAGAGGACCGCGUGAAGAAAAUGGCGAGCAUCCUGGAGAGGACGGACAGCGCGUAUUUCCCCUGUUUCCGCACUCUAUUCGACAACGUGGUGUCCUCGAUGUCGGAGGCGAAGGAGAUAUCGCUGUAUCUAUCGCCUCUGGCGAGAUGCUUCAAGGCGGUCGAGGAGCUCGACUUCUCCGAGGCUAAGCCGUUAAUGGCCACGCUGAUACACUCGGUGGGAUUAGCCUGGUCGAAAUCCACCUACUAUCAGAGCUCUUCCAAGGUGAUCAUCGUGCUUCGACAGAUUUGCAACCUGUUGAUACAGGAAGCUUGCCGGUUCCUCGACCCGACCUCCAUCUUUCAAAGCGACGUGGACGAGGCACUGCAGCGCGUUCAAAUAUCCAGAGGAGUUCUAGAGGAGUUCAAGCAUCAGUUCGAACUGAGAAAAGACACGCCAGCGAUGAAGCCCCACGCUCCGCCGUGGACCUUCAAUCCCAGUGCUGUUUUCGCCCGUUUAGACGCGUUUCUGAGACGACUGAGCGACGUCGAGUGGCUGUUCAACACCGUCAUGGAGUUCUCCAAGCUGGAGAAGAUCGAGAUCGGCGGUAUACUCGGCCGAUCGCUCAGCAGUAGAAUCAUUAACGUCUACAAAGAGUUUCAGCAACUAUUCUUGUCGUUCACGGUGCGUGCCAACGACGCCCUCGAGCCCGACGACGAGUCGUUCGCCGUCGACUGCGCGAAAUUCAAUGAGUCCAUCACCGACCUUGACAGCAAACUCGCCGCCAUUCUCUGUCAGGCUUUCGACGACUGUGGGAACCUCGAAAGCGUCUUCAAGUUGAUAAACAUAGCGGGAUCGGUGCUGGACCGACCAGUGAUAAGCAAACAAUUCACUGACCGUUACUCCAGGAUCCUGGAGCUGCUGAACAUCGAGCUGACGGUCGUCGAAGUGUUGUUCAACCGCGGUACCAGAGGUGCUUUGAUUAAUCUUCCGCCUUUGGCCGCUGCCUUGACGUUUACCAGCAUGCUACGACAACGCAUCGAUCUGCCCGUGCAAUCUUUCAAAGCUAUUCAACACCCCAUAGCGAGCAGCGUAGAAGGACGGAUAAUAGAGAGUAGGUACGAGAGGCUGAUCAAGAUUUUCAGCGACAAGGAAAACGAUCUUUUCGAGGAAUGGGCCCGAACGGUACCGGAAACAGUCAACGUUGGUCUGAAUCGCAAUAUUCUGUCUCGCGGAACCGAUUCCACCUUACUGCUGAACUUCGACCCCGAACUGUUGGCUGUUUUGCAGGAAGUGAACUACUUGAAACAGAUGUCGAGAUCUGACAUUCCGGACCAGGCUAUUAAGGUGUCGGAGAAGGUGGAAACGUUUCGAAAGUUUCGCACCCUGCUGGGAGCGACGGUGGACUCGUACAACAACAUUUGCAAGACUACCAGCCGGGUCGAGUUCCGGCUGAUCGUGAAGGAGAUAACGAGGAUCGAUUCCCUCGUCUCUCGCGGAGAGAAAGAAUUAUGCUGGAGGUCGGACGGCGUUCUGGAGUACAUCGUGGAGCUGGGCGAGCUCGUCGAGGGGCUCUGGAGGCGAAUAAAAUCCGCCCAGACGAACGUCGAGAAGAUCAAAGCUAUUUUGGAGCCCUGGACCAGGACUCCUCUUAUUGAAAGGAAGGAUCGUCGUAAGGAUGCUUUAUUGUCCUUCGACGAGAGCCCGGAGAAGGUAUCGAAACGUUACGGGGAGAUCGAGAGAGCGGCCGAGCAGAUUCAUUCGUUGGUAGGGGAGAACCGGAUGCUUUUUCAAGUUUCCGACGAGAUGGACGAACCCUGGACGAGAUACAUAGCCCACGUUGAUAGCAUUGUUAUGGAAUCCCUUCGCAGAGCCGUAGGAUGCUCGUUAGGAUACUUGGUCGAGAACAUGGAUUCGGUUGGAAUAAGCUUACCGCUGUUGGAAGCAAAAUUGGAGCUCAGAGAGCCUGAUCUCUACUACGUCCCUUCGUUGGAACCGGACGACCCGGAUGGACUCGAUCAGCUGAUUCUUCUUCUCUUGAACGACAUCAUCGGAAUGGCUGCGUUGGUGCCAAGAUUGAAGCAGGAUUCCACGGGAUACGCCGAGGAGCUGGAAGAAGAUCCGGAUAUUAAGGGGAUGAAAAACGAGAUUCUGAGCAACGUGACGACUGCCGUGGAAGACGCCACUGAGUUCUGCAGCAAUUUCGAAGGAUACGCCUAUCUCUGGUUGGACGACAGAGGCAUAGUGAUGCAACAGUUCCUCGAGUAUAGCCGGCAAUUGACGAUGGAGGAAAUGGAGAUGGUGGCCGUCCAGGAUCCCAAGGGGCCGGCACGGUCACCGCCGAAAAUGGAGCAAUUCCGCGAGCAAAUCGACCUUUACGAGGGCCUCUAUCUCGAGAUCGAGGAAAUGGAACCGUCGAAAGUGUUUUGUGGCUGGUUCAGGGUAGACCUGAGACCCUUUAGACAGUCGGUGCUGAACAUAGUCUGCAAAUGGUCGAGCAUGUUCAAGAGACAUCUGGUCGAUCGCGUUACCAGCAGCCUUUCGGAUUUGGGAUCGUUUAUAAGGCGAGCAGACGAAGGUUUACUACAACCGAUUCAUCCCGGCGACUACGCCGGCCUCGUCAGCGUGAUGGGAUACCUUCUGCAAGUGAAAGAGAGACAGCCGACCACGGACGAAAUGUUUCAGCCGCUGGAGGAGACGAUCGAGCUGUUGAAGUUUUACGACCAGGACAUCCCGGAGGAGGUGAACGUGCUGCUCCAAGAAUUGCCGGAACAAUGGUCCAACACGAAGAAACUGGCUCUCAUGGUGAAGCAGCAAGUUGCUCCCCUGCAGGCAGGAGAGGUGUCCAGGAUAAGGGGACGAAUUUCCGCGUUCGACACGACGAUAACGCAUUACCGGGAGGCCUUUCGACGGUACAGUUUCUUCAAGUACGAAUGCGAGAACCCGUACGUGCUGCUGGACGAGGGUCACAAAGAGAUCCUGAUGCUGGAGACACAGAUGAAGGACAUACAAGAGUCCGCGUCCUUGUUCGAGGUGACGGUGCCGGAGUUCAAGGUUCUGAGACAGUGCAGGAGGGAGCUGAGGAUGCUCAAGCAGCUCUGGGACUACGCCAAUAUCGUCAGGAGCAGCAUAGAGGGCUGGAAGACGACCCCCUGGAGAAAAAUCGACGUGGAGAACAUGGAUAUCGAGUGCAAGAAGUUCGCCAAGGAGAUUCGGGCGCUGGACAAAGAGAUGAGGUCGUGGGACACCUACGUGUCGCUGGAGGCGACCGUGAAGAACAUGCUGACGUCCCUGAGGGCCGUGGGAGAACUUCAGAAUCCUGCCAUCCGGGAGAGGCACUGGAGACAGCUGAUGAACAGCACCAAGAAACUGGGCGACAUGACUCCAGAAAUGACCGUGCGAUUCGUAAUGGACGAGUCGACCACGCUGGCGGACCUGCUCGAGCUGAAUCUACACGAUUGCGAGGAGGAGGUGAAGAACAUCGUGGACAAGGCUGUGAAGGAGAUGUCGAUGGAGAAAUAUAUGAGGGAAUUGAACGUCACCUGGUCGAAGAUGGAAUUCGAGAAGGAGAUUCACGCGAGAACGGGAGCGACGUUGAUCAGGGCCAGCGAGGAGCUGAUCGAGACUCUGGAGGAGAAUCAGGUACAAUUACAGAAUCUCAUCACGUCCAAGUUUAUAGCCCACUUCCUGGAGGAAGUGUCGAGCUGGCAGAGGAAGCUGAGCAUCGCGGACCAAGUGACGACCGUCUGGUUCGAGGUGCAACGAACCUGGAUGCACCUCGAGAGCAUCUUUACAUCCUCGGAGGACAUUCGGAGGCAGCUGCCCGUGGACGCGGAAAGGUUCGAUCGGAUCGAUAAGCAAUUCAAGGAGAUGACGGAAGAGAUGGCGAAGACACCGAACGUGGUCGAGGCGACCAACAAGGACGGUCUCGUGUCCUCUCUCGACGUGUUGCAAAAGGAGCUGGUCCUCUGCGAGAAAGCUCUGGCCGAGUAUCUGGAAACGAAACGCCUCGCGUUCCCCAGAUUCUACUUCGUUUCGUCCAGCGACCUGUUGGACGUUCUUUCGAACGGAAACCAACCGGAAGUCGUGGCCAAACAUCUGACCAAACUCUUCGAUUCUAUGGCGCGACUCAAGUUCGACGACACCGUCACCGACUCGCCCAAACGCGUACUGGGCAUGUUCGCGAAGGACGGCGAGUACGUGGAGUUCGCCAACUGCGAGAUGAACUGCGAGGGCCCGGUGGAGGCGUGGCUGAACCGCUUGCAACGGGUGAUGAGAGCCACCAUAAUGCACUAUUUUAGCGAGGCUGUCAUCUCCUACGAGGAGAAACCACGGGAGCAAUGGCUGUUCGACUAUCCGGCACAGGUGUCCCUGUGCAGCACGCAGAUUUGGUGGACCACCGAGGUGAACAUCGCGUUCGCCAGGCUGGAGGAGGGCUACGACAACUCGCUGAAAGACUACCUGAAGAAACAGAUCUCGCAGCUGAGCAUUCUCAUCACGCUGCUGAUCGGGGAGCUCACGAAACAAGAGAGACAGAAGGUGAUGACGAUCUGCACGAUCGACGUGCACUCGAGAGACGUCGUGACGAAGCUGGUGCAGUCCAAGGUGGAGACGUCGCAGGCCUUCCAAUGGCAGAGUCAACUACGCCAUCGCUGGGACGAGAAGGAGAAGGAUUGCUUCGCUAAUAUUUGCGACGCGCAGUUCAAAUACUCGCACGAAUACCUGGGAAACACGCCCAGGUUGGUGAUAACGCCGCUGACGGACAGGUGUUACAUAACCCUGACCCAAUCCCUCCACCUGAUCAUGGGCGGUGGUCCAGCCGGUCCAGCUGGUACCGGGAAAACCGAGACAACCAAAGAUCUUGGCAGAGCCCUAGGCAUAAUGGUUUACGUGUUCAACUGUUCCGAGCAAAUGGACUACAAAUCCUGCGGGAACAUAUACAAGGGUUUGGCCCAAACAGGAGCGUGGGGAUGCUUCGACGAGUUCAAUCGGAUCACCGUCGAGGUGUUAUCGGUGGUCGCCGUCCAGGUGAAGUCGAUCCAGGACGCCAUCAGAGACAAGAAAGAGAAGUUCAAUUUUAUGGGAGAGACCAUCAGCUUGGAGCCCACUGUGGGCAUAUUUAUCACGAUGAACCCUGGCUACGCGGGCCGCACGGAGCUGCCGGAGAACCUGAAGGCUCUGUUCAGACCCUGCGCCAUGGUCGUUCCGGACUUCGAGUUGAUUUGCGAGAUCAUGUUGGUGGCGGAGGGCUUUCAAGACGCGAGGAUCCUGGCUAGGAAGUUCAUCACGCUGUACACUCUGUGCAAGGAGCUGCUGUCGAAGCAGGACCAUUACGACUGGGGACUGAGAGCGAUCAAAUCCGUGUUGGUUGUUGCUGGGAGUUUGAAGAGAGGCGACCCGGGCAGACCGGAGGAGGAAGUGCUCAUGAGAGCUCUCAGAGACUUCAAUAUUCCUAAGGUCGUGUCCGACGAUCUACCAGUCUUCAUGGGUCUGAUAGCCGACCUGUUCCCCGCGCUGGACGUGCCCAGGAAACGGGACGUCGAGUUCGAGAAGAUGGUGAAGCAAGCGGCGGCGGAUCUGCUGCUUCAGCCGGAGGAUGGGUUCAUUUUAAAGGUCGUUCAGCUGGAGGAAUUGUUGGAAGUGAGGCACUCGGUUUUCAUCGUCGGUAUCGCGGGGUCGGGAAAGACCCAAGUGUGGAAGACUCUGUUCAGAACCUACCAGAACAUGAGGAGGAAGCCCGUCUACAACGAUCUGAAUCCAAAGGCUGUGACCAACGACGAACUGUUCGGAAUAAUUAAUCCGGCGACCAGAGAGUGGAAGGACGGCCUGUUCUCGGUGAUCAUGAGAGAACAGGCCAAUUUGGGCGGCGAAAACCCCAAGUGGAUCGUUCUGGAUGGCGAUAUAGAUCCUAUGUGGAUCGAGUCCCUGAAUACAGUCAUGGACGACAACAAAGUUCUGACGCUGGCCAGCAACGAGAGGAUAGCCUUGACGCCCGUGAUGAGGCUGCUCUUCGAGAUCUCGAACCUGAGGACAGCAACUCCGGCCACAGUGUCCCGAGCAGGCAUCCUGUACAUCAAUCCGCAGGAUCUGGGCUGGAAUCCUUACGUCACCAGCUGGGUGGAGAAGAGAACGUCUCCGAUCGAGAAGUCCAACUUGGUGAUGUUGUUCGACAAGUACAUUCCUCCUUGCUUGGAGACGCUGAGAACCAGGUUCAAAAAAAUAACACCGAUCGCCGACAUGGCGCACGUCGAGAUGCUCUGCCAUCUUCUCCAUUGUCUAUUGAGACCGGAACUGACGAGCAGCGAUUUCCUCAAGGAGCAUUACGAGCUCUAUUUCGUGUUUGCUGCCGUUUGGGCGUUCGGCUCGUCCAUGUUUCAGGACCAGACGAUCGAUUAUCGAGUGGAAUUUAGUAAAUGGUGGACCAACGAGUUCAAGCAAGUUAGAUUUCCCACUCAGGGAACGGUAUUCGAUUAUUAUAUCGACGCCGAGACGAAGUGCUUCGUUUCAUGGACUCAGCGUCUGCCCAAGUUCGAGCUGGAUUCCGAGAUGCCUUUGCAAGCCGUUUUGGUCUACACGUCAGAGUCAAUCAGAAUCAAGUAUUUCUUGGAUUUGUUGAUGGCGGAGAAACAUCCGGUGAUGUUGGUGGGCACUGCAGGCUGUGGCAAGACGGUUCUCGUCGCCGAGAAGCUUCUACAUUUACCCGAGAACUACGCGGUGUCCAAUGUCCCUUUCAAUUUCUACACCUCGUCGGAGAUGUUGCAGAAGAUCCUAGAGAAGUCGUUAGAGAAGAAAGCCGGCAGAAAUUACGGGCCCCCAGGGAACAAGACCUUGGUGUACUUCAUCGACGACCUCAACAUGCCCGAAGUCGACGCCUAUGGCACGGUUCAACCCCAUACAAUGAUUCGUCAGCAUUUGGAUUACGGCCACUGGUACGAUAGAACGAAGUUGACGUUAAAGGACAUCCACAACUGUCAGUACGUCAGCUGCAUGAACCCCACCGCUGGCUCGUUCACGAUCAAUCCGAGGCUGCAGAGACAUUUUUCGGUGUUUGCCGUCAGCUUUCCCAACACCGAGUCUCUAACUAUGAUCUAUGCUUCCAUUUUGUCGCAGCAUCUGUCGAACAUCGAGCACAGAUUUCCUGCCUGCGUCACGGAGCUUUGCAACAACAUCGUGCAAGCCUCGAUUCAGCUGCACCACCGCUGCGCCCAAAUGUUUCUGCCAACAGCGGUCAAGUUCCACUACAUCUUCAAUCUCCGCGAUCUAUCGAACUGCUUUCAAGGAUUGCUGUUCAGCGGGAAUGAGUGUCUGCAGGCCCCCAUAGACCUGAUCAGACUUUGGAUCCACGAGACCCAUCGCGUCUACGGGGACAAGCUGACGGACGAGAAAGACAUAGAAAGCUUCUCCAAGUUGCAGCUGGAUAUUUUGAAGAAGAACGUGGAAGAAGUCGACGAGGGUGCCGUUCUGGAGAAGCCCAACAUCUACUGUCACUUUGCAGGUGGCGUUGGAGAGCCAAAGUACAUGCCGGUGAUCGAAUGGUCAACGUUGCACCGAUUGUUGUCGGAGGCGAUGGUCAGCUACAACGAUCUGGUAGCAGCUAUGAACCUGGUGCUGUUCGAGGAUGCCAUGAUGCACGUCUGUCGCAUAAACAGAAUCCUGGAGUCCCCCAGGGGCAGUGCGCUAUUGGUGGGUGUAGGUGGUUCUGGCAAGCAGAGUCUGUCGCGAUUGGCAGCGUUCAUAAGCACGCUGGAAGUCUUUCAAAUUCAAUUGAAGAAGGGCUACGGCAUCGCGGAUCUCAAACUGGAGCUCGCCGUUCUGUACUCCAAGUCAGGAUUGAAGAACAUGGGCAUCGUUUUCCUGAUGACAGACGCCCAAGUGCCGAACGAACAGUUCCUGGUGCUGAUCAACGAUAUGCUGGCUUCUGGCGAAGUUCCAGAUCUGUUCGCCGAGGAUGAAGUGGAAAAUAUAAUUGCAGGAGUCCGUAACGAGGUGAAAGGCGCGGGAAUGUUGGACACCCGCGAGAACUGCUGGAAGUUCUUCAUCGACCGGGUGCGCAGGCAGCUACGAAUUGUUCUGUGCUUCUCCCCGGUGGGUUCCACUUUAAGGGUGCGCUCGAGGAAAUUCCCGGCUAUAAUAAAUUGCACGGCGAUAAACUGGUUUCACGAAUGGCCGCAAGAAGCUUUGAUGUCCGUGUCGAAGAGGUUCCUGCAGGAGUUGGACGAACUUCCGGAGGCUUACAGAGACUCGGCGGCGAAAUUCAUGGCCCACGCUCACACGAGCGUGAACGCGGCCAGCAGGCAUUAUCUGGCCAGCGAGCGCCGUUACAACUACACGACGCCCAAGUCGUUUCUGGAGCAGAUCAGUCUGUACGCUAAGCUGCUGAAGACAAAGGCGAGGGAGCUUCGAGCACGAGUGGCCAGACUGGAGAACGGUUUGGAGAAGCUUCGAUCAACUGCCGUGCAGGUGGACAAACUUAAAGAAAAGCUAGCUGUCCAAGAGGUGGAGUUGCAGCAGAAGAACGACGCGGCUGACGCGCUGAUCGCCAUCGUCGGCAUCGAGACGGACAAAGUGCAGAAAGAGAAGGCUAUAGCCGACGAGGAAGAGUGCAAAGUCGCGAUAAUAGCGGAGGAAGUGUCGAAGAAGCAGAAGGACUGCGAGGCGGAUCUGCUGAAGGCGGAACCGGCGUUGCUGGCCGCCCAGGAAGCUCUGAAUACCUUGAACAAGGCGAAUCUCACGGAAUUGAAGUCGUUCGGCUCGCCUCCAGGGGCUGUGACGAACGUAACGGCCGCCGUGAUGGUCCUCUUGGCACCGUCUGGUAAAGUGCCCAAGGACAGAAGCUGGAAGGCUGCCAAGAUCGUGAUGGCGAAGGUCGACACGUUCCUCGACUACUUGAUCAAUUACGACAAGGAGAACAUCCAUCCGGAGGUGAUCAAGGCGAUCCAACCGUAUCUCAAGGACUCGGAGUUCGAGCCGGAGUUCGUUAGGUCAAAGUCCGCCGCCGCCGCGGGUCUCUGCGCCUGGGUCAUCAACAUCAUCAAGUUCUACGAGGUGUUCUGCGACGUGGAACCGAAACGGAAGGCUCUGGCGCAGGCGAACGCAGAGCUGGCCGCCGCUCAGGAGAAGCUGGGCGGAAUCAAACGCAAAGUCGCUUCGUUGGAGGAGCAGUUGGCGAAACUGACGGCGGACUUCGAGCAGGCCACGGCCGAGAAGCUCAAGUGCCAGCAAGAGGCAGACGCGACCAACGCCACGAUCGCGUUGGCUAAUAGGCUAGUAGGUGGCCUGGCGUCAGAAAACGUACGAUGGGCGGAUUCUGUGGCUACUUUCAUGCAACAAGCGUCGACGCUGCCCGGCGACGUGCUGCUGGUAACAGCUUUCAUAUCGUACGUCGGUUGCUUCACGAAACAGUUUCGCCAAGAUUUGCAGCACAAACAAUGGAUGCCUUAUCUGCGAACCGUGGAACCGACGGUGCCGAUCACCGAGGGGUUGGAUCCCUUAUCGUUGCUGACGGACGACACGCAAAUCGCUAAGUGGAACAACGAAGGCCUCCCGAACGACAGAAUGUCGACGGAGAACGCCACCAUUCUAACGAAUUCGGAUCGUUGGCCACUGAUGAUCGAUCCCCAGCUUCAAGGCAUUAAGUGGAUCAAGCAGAAGUACGGGGAGGAACUUAGGGUGAUAAGGUUAGGCCAAAAGGGUUACUUGGAUGUCAUCGAGCAGUCCCUGGCAACCGGGUCUACGGUGCUCGUGGAAAACAUAGGCGAAACGGUGGAUCCCGUGCUAGAUCCUCUGUUAGGCAGAAACUUGAUUAAGAAGGGUCGCGCGAUUAAGAUCGGUGACAAGGAGGUCGAAUACAAUCCUCUAUUCAGAUUAUUACUGCACACGAAGCUGGCUAAUCCCCAUUACAAGCCCGAGAUGCAGGCUCAAACUACCCUAAUUAAUUUCACGGUGACGAGGGACGGUCUCGAGGAUCAAUUGCUCGCCGAAGUAGUGAAAGCCGAACGACCAGACCUCGAGGAGCUCAAGGCUGAGCUCACCAGGCAGCAGAACGACUUCAAAAUUACGCUCAACAGUUUGGAAGACUCCCUCUUGUCGAGAUUGUCGUCGGCGGGUAGCAACGUCCUGGGGGACACGUCGCUGGUGGAGAAUCUGGAGACGACGAAAAGGACAGCGGCGGAAAUCGAAUCGAAGGUGACGGAAGCGCGCGGUACCAGCCGGGAGAUCGACGCGGCGCGUGAAUUGUAUCGACCUGCGGCGGCCAGAGCCUCUUUGCUCUACUUUAUCUUGAACGAUCUGAACACCAUCAAUCCAAUCUAUCAAUUUUCGCUGAAAGCUUUCAGCGUGGUGUUUCAGAAAGCCAUCUCGAAGGCGGAUCCCGCCCCGGACGUGUCCGGCAGAGUGAAGAAUCUGAUCGAGUGUAUCACCUACUCCGUGUUCAUGUACACGACCAGGGGCCUGUUCGAGUGCGACAAACUCAUCUUCGCGUCUCAGAUGGCGUUUCAGAUUCUCCUGGCGAGGAAAGAGGUGACCGCCGGCGAGCUGGACUUCCUUUUACGGUUCCCCGUCACGCCUCAUGUCACCUCGCCCGUCGACUUUCUCACAAACACCAGCUGGGGCGGAAUAAGGAGCCUCGCCAGCCGCGAGGAAUUCCGUAAUCUAGACAGAGACAUAGAGGGCUCGGCGAAGAGAUGGAAGAAGCUGGUGGAGUGCGAGUGCCCCGAGCGGGAGAAAUUCCCGCAGGAGUGGAAAAAUAAAACGACCAUACAGCGUCUGUGCAUGCUGAGAGCUCUGCGACCCGACAGAAUGACUUACGCGAUCGCUGCAUUCAUCGAGGAGAAGCUGGGCCCCAGGUACAUCGAGGGUAGAACGGUCGAAUUUGCCAAAUCGUUCGAGGAGACCAGCCCAUCCAUCCCGAUCUUCUUCAUCCUUUCUCCGGGGGUGAAUCCCCUCAAGGACGUGGAGGAUCUGGGUCGUCGUCUGGGAUACACGCUGGACAAUCAGAAUUUCCACAACGUGUCGCUGGGUCAGGGCCAGGAGACGGUCGCCGAGCAGGCGAUGGACGUGGCGGCGAAGAACGGCCACUGGGUAGUCCUGCAGAACAUUCAUCUGGUGAAGAAAUGGCUACCAUUGUUGGAGAAGAAGCUGGAACUAGCGGCGGACGGUUCCCAUUCGGAUUACAGGGUCUUCAUGAGCGCUGAACCCGCCAGCACGCCGGCGGGGCACAUAAUCCCUCAAGGCAUCCUCGAGUCGUCCAUCAAGAUCACCAACGAACCGCCCACGGGGAUGCAGGCGAACCUGCACAAAGCCCUGGACAACUUCUCCCAGGAGACCCUGGAGAUGUGCAGCAAGGAGGCCGAAUUCAAGGCGAUCCUCUUCUCCCUGUGCUACUUUCACGCGGUUGUCGCCGAGCGCCGCAAGUUUGGCCCCCAGGGCUGGAACAAAGUCUACCCCUUCAACGUAGGCGACCUACACAUCAGCGUCAGCGUGCUCUACAAUUAUCUGGAGGCGACGUCCAAGGUGCCUUGGGAAGAUCUCAGGUACUUGUUCGGGGAGAUCAUGUACGGCGGACACAUAACCGACGACUGGGACAGAAGACUCUGUGUCUCGUAUCUGGAAGAAUUGAUGCAACCCGACUUGGUCGAUGGAGAACUGCAAUUGGCACCGGGAUUCCCGGCGCCGCCUAAUACAGAUCUAAUUGGCUAUCAUGCGUACAUCGACGAAGCUAUGCCUCCAGAGUCACCCUAUCUCUACGGAUUGCACCCGAACGCAGAAAUAGGAUUUCUGUCGAUGACUGCUGAGAAUCUCUUCAAGACUGUGUUCGAGAUGCAACCUAGGGACGCGGGGAGUUCAGGGGGACAAACAGUGACCAGAGAGGAUAAGGUGAAGCAAAUAUUGGACGAGAUAAUGGAGAAAUUGCCGGACGAGUUCAACGUGGCCGAGAUAAUGAGCAAGGUGGAGGAGAGGACGCCGUACGUGAUCGUGGCGUUUCAGGAGUGCGAGAGGAUGAACUAUCUAACGAUCGAGAUCAAACGAUCGCUGCGCGAACUGGACUUAGGCCUGAAGGGCGAGUUGACGAUCACCUCGGACAUGGAGGACCUGGAGAACGCGCUGUUCCUCGACCAGGUGCCCCCCGUCUGGACCCAGAGGGCUUACCCGUCUUUGCUGGGUCUCGCUGCUUGGUUCGUCGACUUGCUAUUGCGAAUCAGAGAACUGGAGACCUGGUCUACAGACUUUGUUUUGCCAGCUUCUGUUUGGUUGGCCGGGUUCUUCAAUCCUCAGUCCUUGCUGACAGCCAUAAUGCAGUCGACUGCCAGACGGCAGGAGCUGCCCCUUGACAAGAUGUGCUUGCAGUGCGACGUGACGAAGAAGAAUAAGGAGGAAUUCACGUACGUGACAAAGAAUGUCCGUUCGGCCCCCAGGGACGGCGCUUACAUCCACGGGAUCUUCAUGGAGGGUGCACGAUGGGACGUUCAGACCGGCGUGAUAGUCGAUUCGAAGCCGAAGGAGCUGUUCCCUGCCAUGCCUGUGAUCAACGUUCGCGCGAUCACGCAGGACAAACAGGAUCUGCGAAACAUGUACGAGUGUCCUGUCUACAAAACGCGGACUCGAGGACCCACCUACGUGUGGACUUUCAACCUGAAGAUCAAGGAAAAGCCAGCCAAGUGGACUCUGGCCGGCGUCGCACUGUUGCUUCAAACUUGA